AUGUCUCCAAGAAAACCCGCCCCGAUCGCCAUUGUCGGCGGUGGUCCAUGCGGUCUGACACUAGCACGUCUUCUCGAACGAGCCGGGAUCGACUAUGUUGUAUUUGAGCGUGACACUUCACCAGAUAUGACAACCCGGUUCCAAGGCGGCACGCUGGACCUCACUGCAGAGGGCGGACAGGCAGCAUUGAAGCUCGCAGGCUUGACGACAGAAUUCGAGAAGCUAGCUCGCCGUGAAGCAACGACAAUUCUGAUCCAAGACUCGCAAGGUGGAAAUCAGUUGCGAGCAGGAGAGGGCAAUGAUCGGCCUGAAAUUGAUCGUUUGCAAUUGCGCCGGCUUUUGCUAGGUUCCAUACCUGCGCAUCGGGUUCGGUGGAAUAAGGUGUUGAGCAAUAUAGAGCGCACCGGAUCUGCUGAGGUGGAACGUAGCUCAGCUGCAGAUUGGAUGCUGCGCUUUAAUGAUGGGUCGGAGGAGAGUGGGUUUCGACUAAUCGUUGGUUCGGAUGGGGCAUGGAGUAAGACGCGGCAGCUGAUUACACUCGCUAAGCCUCAGUACUCUGGCAAAAUGUUCAUUGAGGGAUACAUCUCCGAACAUAAUCCCCAGUAUGCCGCGGCUCUGGAAAUGGUUGGCGCUGGGAACUCUGUCUCUAUGGGCCCAGGGCUAGCAUUGUGUAUCCAGCAAAUGUCAAACCGUUCAUAUCGCGUUUAUAUGGGUCUUGAGGCCCCCGAGGCAUUCACUCAGCCUGGUGGAGAAGCUGAUGUGAGUGACAUGUCUAAGGCGGGGGCGACCAUGAACAGACUGUACGCGAAUUGGGCGCCACACCUUCGUGCCAUUGUUGCCGAUGCUGAAGGGCCGUGGCGACCCUGGCCUCUUUACAGACUGGAUCAAGAUAUCUUCUUGCCUGAAUCGCUGAGAGAUGAUGGUAAGGUGAAUGAGAAAUCUUGGAAUCGCACACCGGGCGUUGUGUUAUUAGGUGAUGCAGCACAUGUGACUACACCAAAUGGCGAGGGUGUCAAUCAUGCUAUGAGGGAUGCAAAAGUCUUGUUUGAACAUAUCACUGUUGAACUGGGAAGUAUAGAGAGUGAUACCUAUGAUUUCGAUGCUGAUGCUGCCGCAUUAGAACGGGCAAUCGUUGCUUACGAGGCGCAGAUGUGUCCUCUAGCUUGGGAGAGCAUCAAGGAUAGUAUAGAGUUUGAGGAAAUCAUGUACAAGGAGGAGGGCGCUCAGAAAAUGAGAGAUAUGUUCAUCAACAUGAAGGAAAUAGAGGAUCAGAAAGCUUCUUCGGAGAAGCACUGA